AUGGAAGAGGACCUUUUCCCAGCAGUAGUUACUGAUUUUAAGGAGACAUACAUUCUGGAGCAAUCACGAAGAGAAGUGGCUCCAGGGGAAGUCUGUGUCAGAGUCGAAUCAGCUGCUAUUAGCCCAAAUGAUCACCUCUUCACCUUAGGUUAUUAUGGAGAUAAAUAUCAUCAUCAUCUUCCCAUAGGAGUCGGCUUUGAAGGAUCUGGAUUAAUAGUUGAGACUGGAGAAGGAGUUGACAAGACCUUGAUUAAUAAGAAAAUCGCAUUUUUACAGCAGCCAAGUAUGCCAGAUUACAGCGGAACUUGGAGACGAUACGUGUAUAUGAAAUCUGAAGGAAUUGCUACUUAUCCAGAUGAACUAGAUUUUGAUUCCAUAGCUACUAUAUCUAUAAACCCACCAACGGUGUGAGGAUUCAUGGAUAUUACUUUGAAGAAUAAAUGAAAAGCAAUUAUUCAUGAUGCUGCUAGCUCAUCACUAGGAAGGAUGUUAGUCAGAAUCUGCAAAAGUUAUGAUAUUAAAUUAAUAAAUUUGGUAAGAAGACAAGAACAAGUAGAUAUACUAGAAGAAGAGGGCGCAGAAAUAAUUUUAGAUACUUCACUUGAUACAUUUGAAGAAAAGAUCAGAGAAUUAAUAGCAGAACAUAAACCCACAACCUUUUUUGAUGCUAUUGGAGGUAGUUUCCCAUCCAAAGUCCUAUCUUUGAUGCCAAAUUUUUCAACUAUGUAUGUCUACGGAAACUUGUCAGGAGAGGCUAUUCAAUAUGACGCGACAAACUUAAUUUUUAAAGGGCAUAAUAUUUCUAACUUCUUUGUAUGGAACUGGAUAAAUACUUUGACACCAGACGAGAAAACUCAUUGGUUCGGAACUAUUGUGGAAGACAUCAACGCAGGGGGUGAGCUGUUUGGAACCAAAAUCUCAAAGAAGUUCCCGUUAGAUGAAUUCCAAGAAGCUAUGAGUCACGCCAAGGAGCAUGGAUCUGAAGGAAAAGUUCUUCUCAAACCACAAUUAUAG